CGCUAGACAGACAAUAAGAAAUAUUUUGAUCAUUUUCCAGAAUACAUUUGCUCACAAAGCAUUAUUGAAACUCGUGAAGUGGUUGUUAGGAAAAUUUUAGAAAAUGAGUGAUAAUAAAGCAAAAAUUGACUUAGGUUUAUUAGAAGAAGACGAUGAAUUUGAAGAAUUUCCAGUUGAAGAUUGGACUGGUAAAGACAAAGACGAGGAAGAUAUAAGUGUCUGGGAGGAUAAUUGGGAAGAUGAUAAUAUUGAAGAUGAUUUUAAUAAGCAAUUAAGGGCACAGCUAGAAAAACAAAAGCUUAUAGCCGGUGGAAAAUGAAUCAUUUUUGAUAAUUUUUUGUACUAAUUAUUUAUUCAUGUCAUUUCAUUAAACCAAAACAAGUAUCAUUCAUUCAUUUCAAUAAAACAAUUUCAUAAGAAAA